CGGUGCGGCCCCGGAAGCGGCCCCGCCGGCGGGGGCAGGAAGAGGGACCCGGCCCCACAGGAGUUGCAGCGCCCGCGAGGCCUGUAAGUUUGUCCAUGGAGCAGCAUGGAGAGAAGAAGAUAGCAUAGUAAAGUGGUGGAGUUGUGGACAGGAUGGCCUUCCUGGAUAACCCAGCAAUUAUAUUGGCUCAUAUUCGGCAGUCACAUGUGACCAGUGAUGACACAGGGAUGUGUGAAAUGGUCCUGAUAGAUCAUGAUGUUGACCUAGAGAAAUUCAAUCCUUCUUCAGUGACUGGAGACAGUGGUUCGGAAACACAGGGAAGCAAUGGAGAGACUCAGGGUUAUGUAUAUUCCCAAUCAGUUGAUAUUACCUCAAGCUGGGACUUCGGUAUUAGAAGACGAUCAAAUACAGCUCAGAGACUAGAACGACUACGAAAAGAGAGACAAAAUCAAAUAAAAUGCAAAAACGUUCAGUGGAAAGAGAGAAAUGCUUCUUGUUCAGCAGAGGAGCUAAGCUCGCUGUUCGAAAAAAAGAAUUUCAGAGUAAAGUCUCCACAUUCUGGGAAGCAGUCGUUACUGUCUGUGCGACUUGAACAGUGUCCACUGCAGUUGAACAACCCUUUCAAUGAGUACUCAAAAUUUGAUGGCAAGGGUCAUGUUGGUACAACUGCAACCAAAAAAAUUGAUGUCUACCUCCCAUUGCACACAAGCCAAGACAAACUGCUGCCAAUGACAGUUGUGACGAUAGCAAAUGCCAAGGUGCAUGACCUGAUUGGACUAAUAUGCUGGCAAUACACGAGUGAAGGACGGGAACCCAAACUAAAUGACAAUGUCAAUGCCUACUGUCUCCAUAUUGCUGAGGACGAUGGUGAGGUUGACACAGACUUUCCACCCUUGGAUUCCAACGAACCCAUUCACAAAUUUGGCUUCAGCACUCUGGCAUUGGUUGAAAAGUACUCUUCUCCAGGGCUGGCAGCUAAACAGUCACUCUUUGUUCGAAUAAAUGCUGCUCAUGGAUUCUCACUUAUUCAGGUGGACAGUAUGAAGGUCACCAUGAAGGAUAUCUUACAAAAGGCCUUAAAGCGGAGGAAGGGAUCACAGAGGGGUUCAGGUCCUCAGUAUCGUCUGGAGAAGCAGAGUGAACCCAAUGUCCCAGUAGACUUAGACUGUACCUUGGAGAGCCAGAGCACUUUGGAAUUCUGCCUUGUCCGAGAGAACAGUUCAAGAGGAGAAGAGAUCUCCGAGGAAGAUCCUCAGAUCGAUAUAGCUACAGUUCAAGAUAUGCUUAGUAGCCACCAUUACAAGUCCUUCAAAGUCAGCAUGAUCCAUAGGCUUCGGUUCACAACUGAUGUUCAGUUAGGUAUCUCUGGAGACAAGGUAGAGAUAGACCCUGUUACUAAUCAGAAGGCCAGCACUAAGUUUUGGAUUAAGCAGAAACCCAUUUCGAUCGAUUCUGAACUCCUCUGCGCCUGUGACCUUGCGGAAGAAAAAAGCCCAAGUCAUGCAAUAUUUAAACUUACAUAUCUAAGUAAUCAUGACUACAAACACCUCUACUUUGAAUCAGAUGCUGCUACCAUCAAUGAAAUUGUCCUGAAGGUUAACUAUAUUCUAGAAUCCCGAGCAAGUACAGCCAGAGCAGACUAUUUCGCUCAGAAACAAAGGAAACUGAGCAGGAGAACAAGCUUUAGCUUCCAGAAGGAGAAGAAAUCAGGACAGCAGUAAUGUCUAGCCUGGAGCAAAAACCUGUCCGCACAAUUCGAAGAAGGAGAAGCUCCCAACAGCCUGAGACAGGUGGGAGCCAGAACUGCAGAGUUCUUGCUGCCAACAGCCAGGAGCAGCCAAGGAAGAGAAUCAGUAAUACACAGUUUCCCAUGAUGAACAGAUGACCCCACGUUGGUUAUGGGAAGUCUCCCUUAUGA